AUGUUGAAUGCAUUUUGGUGGUGUGGUGGGUCUAAUAAUAAGGGUAUUCGGUGGAUGGCGUGGGAUAGGUUAACCAAUUCUAAGAAGGAAGGGAGUCUUGGUUUCAGAGACUUUAGAGCUUUCAAUAUGGCGAUGGUUGCAAAACAAGGAUGGUUUAUCAUGAAUCACCCGCUAGUGUCCAUAUUCUUCAAAGCAAGGUAUUUCCCUAAAACAUCUUUCUUUGAAGCUAAUCUCGGAUAUAAUCCUAGUUUUGUAUGGAGGAGUAUUUGGAAAGCCAGAGAAGUUCUUAUGCUUGGUUGUAGGUGGAGUGUAGGUGAUGGCAGCCAGAUAAAGAUUAUGCACGAACCUUGGAUUCGGGGGAGAGCCGUGGGUUGUGUGAAUGGGCCUCAGCAACAAGGUACUUAUAAUUUGGUUGUCAAAGAUUUGUUGUUACCUAAUGUUAAACAAUGGAAUAUGAGGUUGAUUCGAGAGUUGUUUGAUUGUGUAGGUGCGAAAGCCAUUACUUAUGUUCCGCUAAUUGAGGACGUUACCGUUGAUCGAUUGGUUUGGAAGGAUGAAAAGGACGGACAAUAUAGUGUUCGAUCAGGGUACCGUGUUUGGAAAAAAUAG